CCGGGCCGCGGGGACCACCCGAGGCCCCUCGGCACCUGCGCCCCCGCCACGCGUGCAGCCCCGCGCCCCUGACCGCCUGGUCCUGGACCGCCCUCGCCGGCCCUGGCGGCCGUGGAGGGGGCGCCUGUGUCUGCCCGUCCCGGGGUCCUCCUGGAACCGAGAAGAGUGCCAGGCACUCGACAGGAUCCGCUCUCUGAACUGUAGACCGAGGAGUCUAAUCGCCCUGCGUUUCCCACCCCCUCACCCCCGCGGGAUUCUUAAGAGUAACUAACGAACUCGAUGCAUGGUAAAGGCUCUGGUAAGAAUGCAGAACGUCAGCUCUUCAAAGGAAAGGAAAGAGGAAGCUUGCCUUAUUUAGCUUUAUCUGCAUCCUGGCCGUCAUUAAAAGCCAGGAAUGUUGCAUGACAUCUCUGUUGCUUGGUGAGUAAUAAGACAUGUAAACAGGACCUCAAGAAUCAAGCUACAUUUAAAGAAGACUUACUUAGAAACACUGGAGAGGACACCAUGGAGUGCAAGACUGAGGGAAAAGAAAAAUACCAACACAGCUUGAAUUUACUGAAUAAAAUUAAGAACAUGAAAGAACUAGCAGAGAUGAUUGAUGUUGUACUCAUCGCAGAAGGGGAGAAAUUCCCUUGCCACAGGCUGGUCCUGGCUGCAUUUAGUCCUUAUUUCAAAGCGAUGUUUACCUGUGGACUACUUGAGUGUACUCAGAGGGAAGUCGUACUUUAUGACAUCACAGCAGAAAGUGUGUCGGUGAUAUUAAAUUAUAUGUACCAUGCGGCUUUGGAGAUCAGUAAUGCCAAUGUACAGACUGUGGCUAUGGCCGCCUAUUUUAUGCAGAUGGAGGAAGUCUUCAGUGUGUGUCAGAAGUAUAUGAUGGACCAUAUGGAUGCCUCGAACUGUUUGGGUAUCUAUCAUUUUGCAAAGCAGAUUGGAGCUGAGGAUUUAGCUGAUCAAUCGAAGAAGUAUUUAUAUCAGCACUUUGCUGAGGUGAGCUUACAUGAAGAGAUACUAGAAAUUGAAGUGCACCAACUUCUGACGCUUAUUAAAUCAGAUGACCUGAACAUAUCCAGAGAGGAGAGCAUACUGGACCUAGUUCUGAGAUGGGUAAAUCACAACCGAGAACUGCGCACAGAGCAUCUUGUGGAACUUCUGAAGCAAGUUAGGCUGCAACUGGUAAAUCCUUCUUUUUUAAGACAAGCCCUGAAAAGGAACACAAUGCUUCUGUGUGAUGCAAAUUGCAUUGACAUCAUUCAAAACGCAUUCAAAGCCAUCAAGACCCCUCAACAGCACUCUCUCAAUCUUCGUUAUGGCAUGGAGACUACCAGUCUUUUGCUGUGCAUUGGCACCAAUUCUUCAGGAAUCAGGUCGAGACACAGGAACUACGGAGAUGCCAGUUUUUGCUAUGAUCCUGCAUUGCGCAAGACCUAUUUCAUCUCCUCUCCCAAGUAUGGGGAGGGUUUAGGCACUGUGUGUACUGGUGUUGUCACGGAAAACAACACUAUCGUUGUGGCUGGAGAAGCAAGUGCCUCUAAACUCUCCAGACAAAAGAGCAAGAAUGUUGAAAUCUACAGGUAUCAUGAUAGAGGAAACCAGUUUUGGGAAAAGUUAUGCACAACAGAAUUUCGAGAGCUCUACGCUCUGGGCACCAUCCAUAACGACCUCUAUGUUAUAGGAGGACAGAUGAAAAUUAAAAACCAGUAUCUUAUUACAAACUGUGUUGAUAAGUACUCUGUAGAAAGGGACACUUGGAAAAGGGUGUCCCCCCUUCCACUACAGUUGGCGUGUCAUGCUGUAGUAACAGUGAAUAAUAAACUUUACGUGAUUGGAGGCUGGACCCCUCAGAUGGAUCUUCCUGACGAAGAACCUGAUCGAUUAAGCAACAAGCUGCUGAAGUAUGACCCCAGCCAAGAUCUAUGGACAGAGCAGGCACCCAUGAAGUACUCAAAGUACCGAUUCAGCACAGCUGUGGUCAACAGUGAGAUUUAUGUUCUGGGUGGAAUCGGCUGCAUAGGUCGAGACAAGGGUCAGGUUCGGAAGUGCCUUGACACGGUGGAGAUCUACAACCCGGACGGGGACUUCUGGAGGGAGGGCCCACCCAUGCCCAGCCCCCUGCUCUCACUUCGCACCAAUUCUACCAAUGCAGGAGCCGUGGACGGAAAGCUGUACGUCUGCGGGGGCUUCCACGGAGCAGAUCGCCACGAAAUUAUCUCCAAAGAGAUACUGGAGCUGGACCCCUGGGAGAACCAGUGGAAUGUCGUAGCCGUCAACGCCCUCAUGCACGACAGCUAUGAUGUCUGCCUGGUGGCGAGGAAGAAUCCCCGCGACCUCAUCCCCCCGCCUUCAGAGUCAGUGGAGGAGGGUGGGGGGCACUGA